CAGGACUCCUGAUCGCUCCGAACUGCUCCAGAAAACGUGUCGGAAACCAUCGAUAAACAACUUCAACUUCUUCAAGGAAGAUGCUUCAGUAAGAGUGUUCGGGACUUCGGAGCGCGAAAUAUUUUCUUUUGGGACGUUUAAGUUUAAAGAAUCAUAGAGCUGAUCAAGAUACUAUGCUUUUGCGAGAGUAACUAUGUGAGACUUGAAGCACUCGAUUAAUUCUUUUUAAAUGAACAUGGUUUUGAUUUCGAGGUGCUGCUGCUGGAGAUCUGUCAGAAAAGGAAGUUUUGCAAGUGGAAUAUUUACUUUGUCGGUAUAUUUGUUUUUGUUGGCGGCCACCGUGUUCCAAGCAAGAUUUGUUUCAGAAUCAAUAGACCUGCUGAUUUUCAACAUAAUUAUGCUCAUCUUCUCCUUCUUUUGUGUGCUGUCAUCUGUCCUAUUGCUGGUAGGCUUGUGUGUGGACAACCGACUGCUUCUUCUUCCAUGGAUUGCAUCAGUGUCCGUUGCCACAACGUUGGAAUUCGUGGCAUCUCUCUAUUUUAUUCCUGAUUUGAUUGAAAAUCCUGUUGUCACCAUCUUCUUUAUCCUAGAUAUCUCCUUUUGUGCCCUAAGUGUAUAUUGUAUAUUAUGCGUAGUCUCCCAGUAUCAACAGUAUAUUCUGGGUAGGGGAAGAGCUGGUCAGAGCGCAAACUGCCAACCAAUCCCAACAGUCCGUUUCCAGCCCAGCAUGUGUGGACCCUCCCAGAACAAAACCCUACCGUCCGUGUCUUUCCAAGUAUCUCACCAGAAUGGAGCCUGUAAGGCAGGCAACAUGCAUCUGAUGGUACCCACCAACUCGUCCAGUAUCACUUCAAAAUCGAUGGCACAGACGGACAUGAGUUCCAUGUCCGACGACCAGAGUUCAUGUGAUAUGUCCAGAGCCAGCAAAGCCAGCAUGGACGAAAGCAGUGCCAGUGAAGAGGAAGAGAUCAUAUGUGUGAAUUCCUUGAGGUUACCAGCCAGCAGCAGGCUGAAAGUUGGGAUCAAGGCCCCAAGCAUCAUCAUUGAAACGGACGAAGAAGAAUCAAGCUUGAGUAGCCCGAUGGUUGACUCCAGCAGAGUUUAGGAAGAAACUUUCGUGACUAACAUUUAACGACAGUAAAAUCAUUGUUGAUCUGAAUACUCUGAACUGAAGCACUAUGUUCAGUGCAUGUAUAUCAAGGAUUUCAUGUCCCGAACUGCGAAUUUUGAAGCUCUAAAGCUUACUUCUUGGGGAAAAAAUGAACUGGCCAACCGUAUUGUCCCUGCAUUGUAAAAAUCACACAUUAGUUGUUCUUUCGCCAUAUAAGUAUUGGUUUUCAUUCAUGAAUUUGUGCACUG